AUGUUCUCACCCGUCGACCAGAAUGGGAGCUUUUGUUUCGACCGUGUGAUCAAGAGUGGAAAGGUGCAUCGACGGGUCAAGAACAAAGGAGCAUGGAAACCCUCGUGGAAACAAGCAUAUCUGGUCCUGCGCCCAAAUCUCCUCUCUGUGUACCAGAACCCAGACGAGACCGACCUGAAGGCUUCCAUUACCUUGUCCGAAGUCACGGCUGUUGCCCGGGUACGGAAGGCCCGUACUGACCAUGUUUUCGGUGUCUUCUCCCCUUCCAAGAACUACCAUUUCCAAGGAACGUCCGAAGCAGACGCGGAGGAUUGGAUUGCACAUAUACGCGUGGAGUCAAGGAUGGACGAGGAUGACGACGUGGAUCUCAAGGCUCCGCAGUUUUCAAGCAAGCUCCCUGACCUGUCAAAUACAUACGAGUCCACCGACAUAUCGGCUGACGAGAUGCACCGUGCCCCUGGCUCUCCCGAGGGUCGUUCAGCUGUGACGCAGAAUAGAGCACGCACCGGCUCAUUACUGGCAAGCCGACAAAGAGCCCACUCUACUUUGCAAGAAUACUCAGGCAAUGAGCAAUUCACAACAUCCCACUCUGAUUUCUCGGACACUCUUAGCAGUUCGUUGCCGAAGCAUUCAUCUACUUCACUCGCUAAACAGCCUGUCCUCACUCCUAUCGCCUCGUCCGGCCAUCUUACCGAGAAGCUCAACUCAACCGCAGCCACGACACUAUCGCAUCCCGACUUAGCAGGCACAACAGACCCUGAACGCGUCGUUCGCCAGGGGCAUCUGCAAAUCCUCAAGUCGCACAAGACUGGUGUCAAAGGCUGGAAAAGUAUCUGGGUGGUCCUCCGGCCCCGCAGCCUUUCCUUCUACAAGGACGGCGCCGAGUAUGCGGCUGUCAAGAUCCUCCCUAUGCACACUAUCGUCAAUGCCGCCGAGAUUGAUCCAAUCAGCAGAAGCAAGAGGUUUUGUUUUCAGAUCAUCACGGAUGACAAGACGUAUCGAUUUUGUGCGCGAGAUGAGGAGGAGCUGGAUCGAUGGCUCGGCGCGAUCAAGAGUGUGUUAGCUAGGAGGAACGAAGCCGAGAAGGCUGCCGUUGCCAAAGCCCUGGAGAAGGAACUUCAGAAAGAAAAAGGGAAAGCAAAGGAUAAGGGCGUUGUUGAGGCAACAGCCAGCUUGACCCUGAGGCCGACGCCCCAAGCUGGCUGA